AUACAGUCAUGUUUGUGUAACUAUAUAUAUACAUACCUACAUAGAGCUAGAUAGAGAUGUAUGAGUAUAUUUGUGAAACGAACUUAUAACUUAAUGAUUUACUAUAUUUUACAACGCAUCACAAAACAAUGAAAGGAUGCCAUGGAUGAACACAACAAUGAUCCAUAUGAACAACAGCUUUACGCCGUAUUUCAAAGUUGUUUAACAAAAGGAGAAACUGAAUUGCAGGAAGAUAACUGGCUUAGUUUGUGCCAUAAAUUACAUCUGACAGAGCAAAGCGACGAAUUAAGAUCAUGUAUCCAACAGCAAAAAAAAGAAAAGCAAUCUAUAUCAUUCCAAGAAUUUAGAACUGCUCUGUUAAUGUUAUUAGAUAAAAGUCAAGAAAAAGAUACCAUAACAGAAUCACAAUGCGAUUUAAGUUCAAAUGCUGUAGAUAAUAAAAGAAGCAAUUUAUUGCUACCUAAUAAUAUUAAAUCUAAUGUAGAUUUUUUAAGUAUAAGAACAGGUGUACCUGUAGAUGAAAAUAGAUUAAAAUGUUUAUGGGAGAAAGUAAACAUCUGUUUAAAAGAAAAUGUAGAUUCUGCCACAAUAUAUUUUAUAUGUAAUUGUUUAGGAAUCCCAGCUCUUCCAAAACAAAUUAUACAAUGUAUCUUUGAGAAGCUUGAUCAGAAUUGCGAUGGGUUAAUCAGUUUGGAAGAAUUUCUUGUUAUAUUUCAAAGUAGGACACCCGUGGAAGAACAGUUAACAUUAGAUAAGAACAACGAGUCCGCGAAGGAAUUAACCAAGUUGGAUUUUAGGAAACGUAAUUUUGAUGUACAUACGUCUCGUAAAACUAGCUUCACAAGGAAUGCUUCUUUUCUGGAUACAUGGAGACUUUCUAAUAUUGCGAAUACAUCCUUGUUAACGGACGGAGGUCUUAAGUCGUCGGAAAUUUCGUUAGCCGAUUUAACAGCUACUUUGUGCGACGAACUAAAAAAUUUCAACGACUCGUUGGAUCAUUCAGCAAUUCGAUCCCAUAUAAUGUUAUUGCGAGAUGUUCUUAUACUAUAUCAAGAAGAACUACAUAAAUUAAACCUUGUAAUAGAAAAUGUUAGUGGUGAGAAGGAAAAAUUACGUACCGAUAUUAUAGAAGCCAAUGAGCGAGCAAACACUCUUGCUCAAGAAAUUGACGAACAGCAUGUUCGUCAGGAAGAAAUUGUACAAAAUUUACGAAAGCAACUUGAACAACGCCAUGCUGAAACUUUACAAGAACUUUCCAAUCAACUUAGUACUGAACGAGAAAUGAAUGCUACUGCUUUGAAAUCGAAAGAUGAACAAAUACAAAUGUCACAGAAAGAAAAUCAUGAGAUUAGAAAUAAAUUUGUAAAUGCAUUACAGGAGAAUCAAGUUUUAGAAAGUGAAAAUGAGAAUCUUCGUGAUCAGAUUGAAAAGCUUAAACAAUCAAAUACCGAGUUACUAACUCAAAUAAAGAUGUUGGCGGCAGAACAUGACGAGUCGCAAAACAUAGAAGUUAAACAUCAACAGGAAGUUAUAUAUUUAAUUGAUCGUAUUAAGCAUUUACAAUCCGAGGCUGUUCUCUUACGAGACCAAAAUGAUGAACUUACAGCAGAAUUAGAAAGUUUAAAACAGUACGAUUGUCAUGCUAAAGAUAUAAGACAGAAUAAUUUGCUUGGCGCUCAUACAACAAGGAGCAGCAUACAGUCGGAAAAGACUGAAAAUAGUAAAGAAGCAUUUGUAGUGGAUGAAGAUGAGUUAGAUGUAUUUUUAAAACAUUCCACUCCUACAUUUUGUAAUUCCAAUGAAGAAGAUAACAUACAAAAUUGUAAAAAGAUAGACUUGAAAAACUUUAAAGAUACUGUUAUAAAACAAUUAAAAAAUGUUUUAUUAAGUAAUAACAAGUGCACUUUAGAAAACUGUUCGCUUAAAAAUGAGAUAUCAGAAAUAAUUACAAGACUACAAUCGAAUGUAAAUUCUCAAGGUGGUAAAGAAAUAGAUUUUGUAAAAAGUAUUGCAUCAGAAAUGGAAACUGAAUGUGAAGAACGAACAACCGAAUCGUUAAGGGAUUUUGUUGUUUCUAAACAUAAACAUUCAAUUCCUGUGAAGCGAGCAAUAAUAUCCAACAAUAACGAUAAUAAUUACGAUAUCGAUAAUCUCAACAACCGAGAUAUAAAAAGUUUAUCACAGAAUAAAGUUUCAAGCCUUAGAGAUUAUCCUCCGCGUAAAGAAGAGUGUACGAAUGUAGAUCAUUCAAAGUCUAAUAAAGAAAAAGACACUUUGCUUAUUCAGAGUACCAAAGUAUCAAACGAAAUCGGCAGCAAAAUUAAUUCAAGUUUAACAAAAAUGAAUGAAUCGUCCGAAGAUGUUGUUGCUUUCUUAAAUUUGAAAAUUCAAGAAUCGGAAGCAGCACAUGCAGCCGAAAAGAAACAAUUAACUGAGCAAUGCGCAGAACUAGAAAGAAGCCUUGAUUUGUUGAAAAUAGAAUAUGAAGAAUGUGAAGACUAUUGGACGGCUAAAUUAGAAGAAGAAAGACAACUAUUUGAGCAGGAGCAAAAAAUUAGCGAUGAAAAGUUUUCAGAACUUAUUGCUAAAAUGGCAGAAUACGAAGAACUAAUUAGCCCUGUAGAUAAAGCGAAAAAUGGACGUUUGUCUCCUAUCGAGGAAAAGUUUAACUUAGAGCAACAAUAUUUAGAUCUCGAAGAGGAGUUUGAAAAAUGGAAAGGCCAGAUGGAAGAAGAAAUUACUCAAAAAGACAAAGAUAUAAAGAAUCUACAUGAAAAAUUAAAGUCUUUCGAACGACCGAUAAUGGUUGAUAUAUCUGUACAAGUUACAGAUGAAUUUACUUUUUCAUCUUUAUUGGCACGAUCAAAUUAUGUUCCUAGUGAUUCAUUCAAUAUUCAAUCGUAUAAUGAAUUAUCUUCAAAAUUAGCUCAGUGUAAUGAUAACAUUCAUAAGUUACCUGAUGAAUUUAAAUACAAUAGAAUUCUAGAAUCCUCAAAUUUGUCAAAUGACUUUAUUCCACGAUUAACGAAAGAGGAGGUGGAUGUUAGUAAUUGUGAUCCAUACAAAAUGCAUACACAAUAUUCUGUGAAAAGCAAAAGUGGUACAUGCAAAAUGGAAAAACCCGAAUUACAGUGGGAAUUAACAGAAGUUGAUGGGAAAUUGUACAAGGAAGAAAAUAUUCCUGAUACUGAAUAUGAUGUAAUACAGAAUACAUUAAAAUUACGAAAUCUGAAUGUAUCAAAUUGUCAAUGUAUGAGAAAUGAUGCCCAAAUGUGUUGCGUGAAUGUAAGUAUAUUGCGAAAUUUAAAUGCGAAACUUCAAACACAAGAACGUAAGAAACAUCAAUUACAAGAGUGCUUUAAACAACAACAGUAUCAUAUUGAACAUGUACUACAAUAUAUUAUAUCUCAACAUCAAGUAGAAGUAUCAGAGUUACAGUGUCUUCUUCGUAAUACUCAAGAAAGGCUUCAAAUAGAAUUUCAAACGAGCGCGGAACAGGCUGAACAAUUAGCACGGACUGACAUAUUAGUUAAAGAUUUAUAUAUAGAAAAUGCAUGUUUAACAGCUAAUUUAAAACGUUUACAGCAGCAUUAUCACAUGCUAACAGGAUUGAAUGCUGAGUCUACUUCAAUAUGAUAUUGCAAUGAAAAGACAGCUUGAUUAAUAAAAUAAUGGUAAUGUUACUACUAAUAUUUUACUAUUAGUAUCUUCAAGGUAGAUAUUAUUCUACCUAAAUUGUUAAAUAUUACUUCUUUUCAAUUCCAAUAGAGUUGAAAAAAAGUAAACAAACAAAAUGGAUAUUUUGUAUUAUUAAUGUUAAGUUAUAGAUAUGCAUAUAUAUAUAAUCCUUCAACACUCUUGCAUAAAUAUAAUGGACAUCAAAAGAAAUAAACGAAUGUUUUUUGAGUUUUGUUUUGCACAUACAUACAACAGGGAAUGUCGUAUGUUGCUUUUUUUUCUUUUUUUGAAGUUGUUUGCGUUCAAAGCAAGCGAUAUGUAUGUAUGGCUAGGUUUUUGAAUUUUUCUAAAUUGAAUUUAAAAGGUUAGCGUGUUUAAUAUUGAAACACUGAAUGAUUAAAAUUAGUUUUAUAAAUUAUACUUAUAAAUGUAUGAUCCCAACGAACUUACAAUCUUAGGUAUAUAAUUUAUGAAAAGAAAAGCUAGAGAAGAAAACAGUCCAAUGAUAAUUUUAAUGAGAAAAUAUCCAAGUCGAUCAGUACAAAAAUGACUAUUAUUCUUUAGAUAUUAUCUUUUAAGUUGUCACAUAUAAACAGAUAUCUCACAAGUACAUAUUUGCUUAGAAUCUUUAGUAUAAAUGCCAAAGAGGGAAUUUCAAUAAAAAAUUUACAUUAAAUUUGGAAGAGAAUAAAAAUGAAAUUUUGUUUACUGUGAGACUGAAUGCAUUAAAAUAUUUAUUUUAUUUGCGUCAAUUUUAGUAACUAAUUAAUAACUAGGAUUGAGAAAUUUAAAUAUGAAAUUCAUAGUCUUAUCGAGUAUAGGAAAAAUUGAGGGCAUAAAUGUUACACAUAAUAACCAUUAUGCAUUAAUAUUGAACCAAAUACGAUUAAGGGUAUUGUAUAAUACACGAUAACACGUAGUUAUAUUUAACAAUUGUUGAUAAUGAUAAUACAUAGCGUAUGUAUAUACAUAUUAUCUGAAUUUACUCACUUUGUAUAAUAAUUAAUAUAAUCCAGAAUUGUCUAAUUUCAAUUGUACCGCUGCCAUAUAAAGUAUUUUGUACAUGAUAUUUGUAUAAAUAUUUGUACAUUAAUAUAUUGCAGCAAAUUAAGUUUUUCCAUAUUUGCCUUAAUGAAAAUUUUAAUGCAUCCUGUUCAACUACAUCUUUUUAUAUGUCAAUGGUUUAUCAUAAUGGAAUUGUUAAACGGCAAUAAUACUAAUAAUAGUAUAUUUAAAUUAUACAAUUUGAUGCAAUAAUUAAAAAUAUAAGAAGUUGCUAUGUCUCAUUUUGUUAUUAUAAAAAAUGUAACAAGGAAAAAACUUGAUGUCAAAGAUGUAUUUCAUUUUCUGUUAAUAAUAAAUAAUUUUGAUUGAGUUAA